GCGGAGCGCGGAGACGAUUCGAUGAAGUGGGGAUCAUUCUGUCCUACUCUGUAGGACCGGAGUGAACUCCUGUUAACUCUGCCUUCGUCAGGACUCUGAGCGAGAGAGCAUCUGCGUCUACGCUGCAAGCCCCUGUCUGGUCUCUGCUGGUCGAUGAGUUCCCUCGUGUACCCGGGACUGAAGGAGUGUGAAACGGUCGCCAUGCUGCACUACGGAGGUUCGGUGAUUCGGAGCAGGGUUCCCAGCGGCCCCAGUGGGCAGUUUAACGCGGGGCUGAUCGCUUCGUGCGGGGUGCAGAAGCAACAGUUCACCCUGCACGGCCCGCAGCUGUUGGCCAGCUUCCAGCUGCAGAAACUCAACAGCCAGUACCACAGCUCGGCGCUGCAGCCCGCCCCGCCGUCUGGAGACAACCAGGCAUCGGGUGCUGUCCAGUCCCCGGCACAGGCCAUCCCGGGAGCUCCAGCCCCACAUGCCCCGGGCAUCAUCGACACGGAUCUCAUAGAUGAGGACGUGCUCAUGACCUUAGUGCUGGAAUUGGGUUUGGAUCGAGUGGACGAGCUGCCUGAACUUUGGCUGGGACAUAAUGAAUUUGAUUUCACUUCAGAUGUAACUUCGGUCACCUGCUGACAGUGAGCCCGCCUGGAGAUUGUCAGUGGACGGAACUGAUCCCAGCCGAUUCAAAUGCAAACAAGCUGACUGACAUCAGGCGAUUUGAGAACGAUUGCGACCGGUUUCCCACAUACAAACUGUAUUAACAGACUCCGACAAUGAGCUGGCCUUUGUAUUACCCAGAGCUGCGAUUGUCGCCUUUCAUGCGAAGACUUACACGGUGACCGAGAAACGGAAUGGAUUCAAGAGCUUUCACGAUACCGCACAGGAGAUGCUAUGACGCAAAACGAGUUGCUUUUUAAACACUAAUCGAGAGGAGGCUCGAACACGGAGAAUCGACGCCCUUGAAUGGCGUGCUUAAAGCAUAACGUAUGGGUAUGGUUCUCGCUGGUUUCUUGAAAUGGAGAACAGGACCUCGGGCACUCCCUCAACGCCAAACUUAUCCCGUUUACUGGAAACGACCCAAAUCCUCGACAUUUCUCCCCCACUCCCCGGAUGCUGCUCCACUCGCUGAGUUCCUCAGGCAGAUUGUUUGAUAUCCCUGCUGCUUUCUCAUAUCUCUUCUUCCGGCUUCACGAGAUAACUCCUCGGAAUUUCUUGGAGAGUUAUGGCUUGUUGAAUAGAUUUCUAAAAUUGGUGUGUUUCGUAGGGUUGGACUUUCUCGCCUAGAUCCAUACAGUAACAUUCGAUUCCUUCAAAUUACGCACAGAAGUUCACGUGGAUUUCGCCUGGUUUCUUUUACCUUGAGGAACCCUCUCGAGGUUGCAGCACUGGGUCCUGCUGGUUGACGAGGAGAAAACGGACUCAGAUAAUCCUCUUUUCUCGGGAAACACACAAGGUGCUAUAGGAACUCAGCGGAUCAAGCGGUAUCUGUGAGAGGAUAGGAAUUGUGGAAGCUUUGGGUGGAGACCCGAAACCAGGAUGCUGCCUGACCUGCCGAGUUCCUCCAGCGGUUUGUGUGUUGCUCUAGACUCCACCACUGCUGUCUGUGGUGUGUCCGCUCUUCCGGGGGUUGCUCACCUUCCCCAACCUGACCUUGUCUGUUGCGUAAAGGGGGGAAAGGUAGCAAAUUACUUCACACAGGAGAAAGCUUGCCAUUUAGAAAGCAUGAAGUGGACAAAUUUGUUGCCAGAUCUCCCGAAUUCCCAGUCCUGAACCGAUACCAAAAAUUAAGUUACUAUGCUGUUUACAUAUCUUAUAUAAAUCAGGUCCAGCCAUUAAAUGACAGCUGACCACGUCCUUUGUUAUAUAUAUUUUAGUCAUAUCUGUGAGAGAAAGUACAUAACACUUCUUGCUGUUGGGAGUGGAACCAGCGCAGUGGGCAGCUCUCGGACACCCCCUAGUGGUCAUUGUUAGAAUAAGACCGGAGACAUGAAAGACGGCCGACGCUGGAAUCUGAAGCAAACCGAAACUACAGGAGGAACUCAGCGGGCCGGGGAGCGUCGAGAUGCGGGGUCUGCAUCUGAAACGUCGACAGUUCCUUUCCAACCCCAGGUGCUCUUCGACCGGCUUAGUUCCUCCAAAGUUUAAGUUCUGAACCAUCUUGAGUAAUUCAUACAAUCACAAAGUGCCGACUGAUCUUAAAUUAGGAAAGGCAUUCGAUCGGCAUUUAUACUAAGGUUACUCAAAUAAAUAAAAUAACUGAGUUAACUGCAAUUCAGUAGAGAACAAGUUGUUUACUCAGUGGACAAUCAGUUGUCUGAAGGUCGCCAGAUACUCUCCUUCUUAGAGCGAGAAGGUCACACCAAAGGGCGAAAAUAACCUGAAACAAGAGGUGGGAACGGAACAGGCCAAUGAGCCACACAGAGCCCAGGUUAUCAUUCAAUAAGAUAAUGGCUGAUAUGAUCUUGGCCUCAACUUCCCUUUCUCUCCAUGGCCCUGUACAGCAGCGUCUGUGAAUCCCUGCCUUGUACAUAAAUAUUAAUUAACUCUGCUGAGACGGAGAAUUCUAAAGAAUCUUUGGGAGGAAAAAAUUUUUCUAAUCUAUUUCUUAAAUGGCGACCCCUUAGUGUGAAACUAUGCUCCCUAUUUCUAGAUACCACAAAAAGUGUGAAGGUCUCCUAUGGGGAUCUUUUUUCUUUUAGUGGUAUUUAGAACUAUAUUGAGUGGUAAGUACAAUUUUUGGGUAAUCUGGGUAGGUAGAACUUCAAAUUCUGAGAUGUUUCAACAAAAUCUCCUCUUAAUUUUUAAACACAAAAUUGAGACAAUUUGCUCAACCAUUCUUCAUAUGUCAACCCCUUCAUUCCAGGAAUCAACUUUAUGCGCCAACUUGGUAUUACUCCAAUGCAAAUGUAUCCUCCUUUAAAUAUGGAGAUAAAAAUAUACACAGUUCUCUAGGUUUGGUGUCCUGGGCAUCCGAUAAUUUGCAUGGACAUUACCCUCUUGUAUUCCGUACCCCCGAAACCAAGUUCAGGCAGUCCCUUGGCCUGUGCAGAUCCUGUUCUGUUAAUAAUAUCCUUUCAUUCUUACCUCCAGAAAGAAUAACCUCAUAUUUUCCUAUACUGUAUUCUAUCAGCUGGCAUUCUGCCCACUCAUAUAACCUAUCAAUAUCCCUCUGCAGGUUCUUAAUGUCCUCCUCACAGCUUGCUCUUCCUUCUGACUUCGGAUCAUCAGCAAAGUUGACUACUGUUCAUUUGGUUCCUUUAUCCAAGUUCAUGUCCUGGAUUGUAAAUAGUUAAAGUCCCAGCACUGACCUUCAUGACAAGAAAUUACUGGCACUUUUUCCACACACCUAUCCAUGCCAAUAUAUUACCCACCCUGCGUAAUCUUACCUGAUAAGAAUAAAAUCAAAUAAAAUAGCUUGAGCAGUUAAGGUGAGAAAUUUAAUUUCAGCAUAUCUCUUUGGUGGACACAUAGGGCAAACAUUAAAACGAUGGGCCAAAGAGCCCGUUUCUAUGCUGGAGUACUCUAUAACUAUGACUAUAUAGUCUUUAUAGCUGAUUAAAUGCAGUGAUAUAUUAGGGAACAAUUCCCUAGAAAUUCAGCAAAUGCACAUGGGUCAGUUCACAAAGUAGUCAUUGAAUUCUUGAACAUGACAUUUUUGUGAGUUGAAAUACUCAUGUCGCCUCUGUCAUUGGCUUAAAAAUAGUGAACAAAUAUAUUGUGCAAUGUUCACACUAGUGUAGUCUUGAGUGUCUGCACACACAUCUCCUUUCUUCCAUGGCUUUCUAAAAUACAAACAAAAUAAAGAAUCCUUCAGUUCUACACAACAGAGAUGAAACACUUUUCAUAGAUUUUUUUGUGGAAAUACUGUAAUCCUUAUGAUUUUUUCCCUAUUUGUAACAACCAGUCAAUGACGGUUAUCUAUAUAGCACUGUCAUCUACAACUUUUUGUACAGUCAUUUGUGGUGGCGUUUAACAAAUAUACAUGCUAUAAAAGGACCUCAACUGUGGCACUUUGACUUAUUCUGCAGAGCAUGUUGUAAAACUGUAUAACAUGCACAAAAGUAA